UAUUUUGAGGAAGAAGACCAGGAGGAGGAGGAGGAGGAGGAGGGCGAGAUGAGAGUGGAUGGAGAGAGAGAGAGAGUGGGACCCGGAUGCUGAUGCGAGUGAGACGAAGGAAGGAAGAGGAGAGAGGAAAAUAUCGAUUUACGGCAAGAAAACCGAAGGGAGUGUAAUUUAGGGGGGCCUUUUACCCUGCGUGAACUAUUAUUAAAAGUGAGGUUGGGGAAAUAAGGCAGUCGGUAAUUGUGCGAGGUUAUCUGCGGAUAUUUUUUACCUGUGUAUCCGCCGGUGAGGAGGGAGGACACGCCAAAGGAGAGAGGAGAAGAUGCUGUGAUCUGCAGGGAUGUAGAGAGACGGGGGAGAGUCAGGGAGGGGGAGGACUACACUACGCUAAAAGAUGGUUGUUUUGCUAGGAAUUUCACCUCGAAAUAUUGUGAGAAUGCGGAGGCCGUGUGAUAAAUCUAACCGUUUGGCGUUGAACUUCCGGAGGAGUCGCUUUUUUUGACAGCAAGACGGCCGUUGGUCCAGCCGUUGAAGCUAAAGCUAGCCUCGCUGCUGUGUGGGAGAGCGGCGGCGAGGCUAAAACAUAGCAUGUUGUUGCACCUGUGAAAGGCCUGACAGAGAGAGUAAAACAGAUUUAAUUAUCAGUGCUAACAACCAACUGGCGUAUUUUGACAUUUUGUUGGUUAGACACGACCAGCAAAUGAUAUAAAUCUUUCCAACCUACGUGGAAAAACACGUUAACGUUCCUCUAAUACGAUAAUUUCUACGUAAUAUCUACUUAACGUCAUUAUACAAAUAAGCUAAUGUACAGGAGUAAAACUCUUUAAUUUGUCAUGUUUAUCUUUAGGGUAGUGUUCAGUAUUUAACGCAUACAACAGCCUUGUAACUUGCUGUCAUUUCAGUUUCUCUUCUUCAACGUUAUACAUGUUAACUGUGCUUCAGAACAACUAUAUUUAGCUUUGUGUAUUAACCAGAUUUGGAUAAAGAAUGUUCAUGUAUCACCCAUAUGUCAGCACCAGUUUGCAGUUUUUAAACAUUCACCAAGUCAGUGUAUCAGUAUUAUCACUGAAAUAAAAUCUGCAAAAUUGAGCACCAUCUUGUAACUGUAUAAGCUGUAUAAUAUCACAGUGAUUGCAAUAGCCACUGUGCAGAUAGAGUAGUGUGUUAGCCUCCUUCAAGAGCAGUAUGAGUAAGGAACUGUCUCUGAGUCAGUCAGCUCAAUAUGUUGGGCCCUACCGACUGGAGAAAACACUGGGGAAGGGACAGACAGGACUGGUCAAGCUCGGGGUCCAUUGUAUUACGGGUCAGAAGGUAGCGGUCAAAAUAGUCAACAGAGAGAAGCUGUCUGAGUCAGUCCUGAUGAAGGUUGAGAGGGAGAUUGCCAUUCUGAAACUGAUUGAGCAUCCGCAUGUGUUGAAGCUGCAUGAUGUUUACGAGAAUAACAAAUACCUGUACCUGGUGUUGGAGCAUGUGUCGGGGGGGGAGCUGUUUGACUACCUGGUGAAGAAGGGCCGGCUGACUCCGAAAGAGGCCAGAAAGUUCUUCAGGCAGAUCAUAUCUGCUUUGGAUUUCUGCCACAGUCAUUCCAUCUGUCACAGAGACCUGAAGCCUGAGAACCUGCUCCUGGAUGAAAAGAACAACAUCCGUAUCGCUGACUUUGGCAUGGCCUCCCUACAGGUGGGGGACAGUCUGUUAGAGACCAGCUGUGGAUCACCACAUUAUGCUUGCCCUGAAGUCAUACGGGGAGAGAAAUAUGACGGGCGGAGAGCAGAUGUGUGGAGCUGUGGGGUCAUCCUUUUUGCUCUACUGGUGGGUGCCCUGCCCUUUGACCAUGACAAUUUACGGCAGCUCCUGGAGAAGGUGAAGAGCGGGGUGUUCCACAUGCCCCACUUCAUCCCCCCGGACUGUCAGUCCCUGCUGAAGGGCAUGAUUGAGGUCAACCCCGAAAAGAGGCUCACGCUAGAGGCCAUCCAGAAACACGCCUGGUAUCUGGGUGGUCGCAAUGAGCCGUGUCCCGAGCAGCCUCCUCCCAGGCGAGUGUGUGUGAAGCGAAUCUCUUCCCUAACGGAGCUGGACCCAGAUGUGUUGGACAGCAUGCACUCGCUCGGGUGUUUCCGAGACCGAGGCAAGCUCACGCGUGAUUUGCAAUGUGAAGAAGAAAACCAGGAGAAGAUGAUCUAUUACCUGCUGCUGGACAGGAAAGAGCGCUACCCCAGCUAUGAGGACGAGGACUUGCCACCGCGCAAUGACGUAGCAGACCCUCCUCGAAAGCGUGUUGACUCUCCGAUGCUGACGCGCCACGGCCGCUGUCGCCCCGAGAGGAAAAGCCUCGAGGUGCUCAGUGUUACUGAGCAGGGGUCCCCUACCCCGCCUCGCAGGGCCCUGGACACAGCUGCACACAGCCAGAGGUCUCGCUCAGUCAGCGGAGCAUCAACCGGUCUCUCCUCCAGUCCUCUCAGCAGUCCCAGGGUUACCCCCCAGGGCUCUCCGUUGCCCACGCCCUUGGGCACCCCUGUCCACCACCCUCACCACCCCUCCUCUACCCCGCCCUCCUCUUCCUCGUCCUCAUCCUCCUCGCGGGCGGAGGGAGGGGGAGGGGUGGGCUCUCUGUCGCUGACCCCGCCCUCCAGUCCCGGGGGGGGAAGCGGCAUGGCGGCCAGCAGCUCCGCCCACUGGAGGACCCGCCUCAAUUCUUUCAAGAACAACCUGCUGGGCUCGCCGCGUUUCCAUCGCCGCAAGAUGCAGGAAGUGGCGCCGCAUGGCACCUCAACUGCUGACCCCUCUUCAGCAAUGAAAGUUCCUACAUCAGAAGACAUGUCCAGUCUAACACCAGAAUCCAGCCCUGAGCUGGCUAAGAAGUCGUGGUUCGGGAACUUCAUCGGCCUGGAGAAGGAGGAGCAGAUCUUCGUCGUGAUCAGAGACAAACCUCUGAGUUCGGUCAAAGCCGACAUCGUCCACGCCUUCCUGUCUAUCCCGUCGCUCAGUCACAGCGUUCUUUCACAGACCAGCUUUCGGGCCGAGUACAAGUCCUCCGCCGGCCCUUCUGUCUUCCAGAAGCCCGUCAAAUUCCAGGUGGACAUUUCUUUUUCCGAAGGCGAGAGGGAGCGAGAGAGGACCGAGAGGGAGGGCAGGAGGGAGACAGGAAUCUACAGCGUGACGUUCACCCUCAUUUCAGGUCCGAGUCGCAGGUUCAGACGAGUGGUGGAAACGAUUCAAGCCCAACUUCUCAGCUCUCAUGAUCAACCCAUGGCGCAAGCCCUAUCUGAUCCCUUCCCAGAUGAGAAGAACGGCCGGCCCCACGGGACCCCCACCCGCCAAAACUCGAGGCGCUCGGAGGGUGGGGGCGACAGGUGCGAGUGGGGCGACCGGGCGGACGGAGGAAGCAUCGGAGGCAGCGGGGGGGUCCUGCAGCGCAGAGGCUCGGCGAAAGAGAGAACCCGACUGCUGUCCUCCAACGGAACCCAAUCCCAACCGUAGGAGAGAAGUGAGUCAGCGCAGCGGGAUGCCUGAACCACAGCGGGAAGAAGACGGUGUAACUUCAUCUCCAAGUGUCCCUGCAAGCCAUGAGCUACUCCUUUUCUUCCUUGACUAAGUUAUUGAAGGUGCAAGGGUUGAGUAUUUCUCUGUCACGCUUUUUUCCCCCCCCAACUCCACAUUGUUUUGAUCUUCUGGAUCUCCAGGAUUCCUACCCCUUAAAUGAGAAGUGUUAAGGAAUCACCCUUUUAAGGGAAAAAAUAUAAAUGUGAAUGAGCAGUUUGGUAUCCCUCAUAGAUACAGCUUCACAGAUCCAACUAGGAAUUUUGAAGUGCUAAUGUGCAUGCCAGUUAGCAAAUCAGCCUGCUAAAGGAUGCUGAAAUGAUCAGAUAGGCUAGUCUACCAUAUCGUCGUAAUACAGUAUCUGACACCAAAAAGAAGUAACAGUCUUGUGACGGUUCUCAAGAUUACUCUUUAAAUUAACCAGUACGCUCAUAUCAUUAUCAAGCAACAUGCAGUCCAUACUGAAAGAAAUAUAGAUGUAUCUCUGCAGAAGAACCCUAAGAGUUAGCAACCUGCUCCCACGUCAGUGAGGAGCUGAGCAAAAGGUCCUGAUUUUCUCAGGAGAAACAACAGCCUGGAACUCCAGCGGUGUCUUCUCCUGAGCUAAAGAAAACCAACCAAGUAAGCUAAGUAAGUGAAUGUGAAAAUAAAUAUUUUUUUAUUUAGUUUGUAUUUAUUGUUUACAUAUUUAUUUCGAGGAUGUCAGUAGCACAGUGACGGCAGUACAGACAGAAACACUCGACAGUGCCGGAGAGGGGACGUUGCUUUAAGAAGACGUUAAAGUUCAAUGUUUUGAUUCUUUUUGUAUUUUCUUUUUACUCAGAGACAAUAUGAAACAAUGCAUCUAAGAUUUUCACAUUGGACCCUUGUUGCUCUGAACAAAAGUAUUUUUUGAUUUGAACAGAAAUAUGAACAUAACUAUAUGAAGAAAAAAAAAACAUUAUGCGUGAAUUGUUCCAUGAACCUCAUCCCUGCUGUCUGAGGCCAGAGUGAGAAGAGCGUUCCUGGCCUGUGGAUCAAACAGACGCCAUCUUUCUCGUCAAGCUUGUCUCCUAUUGCCAAUAGUAUUUAUGUACUGACUCAGAACAAAAUGAAACAACAACAAAAAAAACACAAAGGAAAUUCAUCAAUGGACAUUUUCAUGAUGCCGGACUCUAAAGGCUUGCGAUGUCAAUUCCGCGUUGUGCAGGACUUUAAAAUGGGAAGCAAGCAAAGAGUCUCCUCACCCCGGGAUCCUCACUUCUUCAGUGUUCACCAACAAGCCAAGUAGUCCAUCACUGCACCCACGCUCACCACCAGAGAGUCGCACCAUCCUGCAAGCAGACGUAGCAGCUCGGACAGUCACGUAUUCCUCCAGCACUCUAUCAAACUAGUCGAUGUUUUUCACCAGUCUUCCAUACAGCACAAUAUGCAACAAAAGUGCAGAAUGUUUUCAGAGAGACACACAGUGCUACAGUUCUGGUUAUUAUUUCCUUUUUUAUAUUUAUUCACUAACGUAUCCAUCUAUUUAUUUUUUUGGUCAGGUGGUUGAUUGUGUCAUGUAUUUGAUUAGAUUUAAUGCCAACAAAAGCUAAUACAAGUUACCUACUUCAAUUCUCAUUAUCACUGUUUUUUGAGCAUCACUGACAAGUUGCUCUCAUCAUACCUCUCUGAUGAUAUUUGUUUAUGUCACAUCAUAUUUAUCGCGCUUAUCCCUGGUAACGUGUGUGUGUGUGUGUGUGUGCGACGGGUGGAUGGCGGCUGAGUGAGAGUGAGAUGAAAACUUUGCAGCAGAUGCAUUUUGAGUGUACAGAGUUUUAAACUGACCCAGGAAUACUACAUGAACUAACAGCCAAACGCUAACAGGCACAUCAUUUCUCUCAUGCAUUAAAUGCUUGCUAUUUGCUUCAUCUCUUGCUUUUUAGCCUUGUCCCCUUUGACCUGUCUGUCUGCCUCUUCACCCGUUGUGUAGCCUUCAUCACGAGAGAAACUGUACAAAGUUGUUUGCCUCACUGUCCGUGCACACUCUUUGAUUACCCACCAUCACCACAUUCAUCUUUUCUCGUCACGACGUCACCUUCACUAUCAUUGACCCAACUCUGGCUAAGAUUGUAAACUAUUCUCCAUUCAUAAGGGUCAGUAGAAUAAGGUGUAUACAAAAAAAAAGAAAUGUCUGUAUCAUAAUUUAAAUAUAAAAAGUGCACUAUUAUAACUAUUGCCUGUGAUAAAAAGAACAAUUAUGAUUGAAUUGAUGGUCAAAAUAAAGAGAGAUCCACCUUAUUGUUAUGGUUACAAUAAUAAACCCUAAAUUCA